CAAAUACUAACGACUAAAAAGUAAAGAUAAAUUGCUGUUGAAUUUUUCAAAGCAAAAAAAAAGGAGUCAUAAAUGUCAACAUUUAUAUUAACUGAGAAAUUAUUGAGGCCAAAGCGAUCAACUACAAACUGCCAACAACAGCAACAACAACUGGGUAAAGGCCAUAAUGCAAUUGACCAAUUAAGUGCAAUAAAAAAUGCUCAAAAUGCCAAUAAGGGCAGGCAAGAACAAGAAAUAAGUGAACCCAAUCCAAAUCGGCAACAACAAUAACAAUAGCAAUAGCAAAAUUUAGUUUUACAAAAAUAAAACAAGCAUAAGGAGCAAGGAAUCUACGCAAAAUGCGCAUUGGCCAAAAGCUGAGUUGCCUUUGGCCAUAUUGUGCCUUGACAUGGCUAACAUGGACUACCGUUAAUGCGCAGCCAUCGUUAACCGAGAAAAUACCGUUAGGUGCCAUCUUUGAGCAGGGCACCGAUGAGGUUCAAUCAGCCUUCAAAUAUGCCAUGCUCAAUCACAAUCUGAAUGUGAGUUCGCGUCGCUUUGAGCUGCAGGCCUAUGUGGAUGUCAUCAAUACGGCAGAUGCAUUCAAAUUGUCACGUCUAAUCUGCAAUCAGUUCUCGAGGGGCGUUUACUCGAUGCUGGGCGCGGUGUCUCCCGACUCCUUUGAUACACUGCACUCCUACUCGAAUACGUUUCAGAUGCCCUUUGUGACGCCCUGGUUUCCAGAGAAGGUGCUUACGCCAUCGUCUGGUUUCCUGGACUUUGCCCUCAGCAUGCGACCGGAUUAUCAUCAGGCCAUCAUUGAUACAAUACAAUUUUAUGGCUGGCGCAAAAUAAUUUAUCUCUACGAUUCCCACGAUGGGCUGCUGCGGCUGCAACAAAUAUAUCAGGGCCUCAAACCGGGCAACGAGUCCUUUCAAGUGGAGCUGGUCAAGCGCAUCUCGAAUGUCAGCAUGGCCAUUGAGUUUCUGCACACGCUGGAGCAAAUCGGUCGCUUCACAAACAAGCACAUCGUUCUCGACUGUCCCACGGAGAUGGCCAAACAAAUACUCAUUCAACAUGUGCGCGAUUUGCGUUUGGGUCGUCGCACCUAUCACUAUCUACUCAGUGGAUUGGUCAUGGACGAUCGGUGGGAGAGCGAGAUAAUCGAAUUUGGUGCCAUUAACAUAACCGGAUUUCGCAUUGUUGACACAAAUCGGCGACUCGUGCGCGAAUUCUAUGACAGCUGGAAGCGACUCGACCCACAGACGAGCGUCGGCGCUGGCAGAGAAUCGAUUUCGGCUCAGGCGGCGCUGAUGUACGAUGCGGUCUUUGUGCUCGUUGAGGCGUUCAACAAAAUUCUGCGCAAGAAGCCGGAUCAAUUCCGGAACAAUGUACAGCGACGCAGUCAAACGCUGAUGGUUGCCGCCCAAGCAGCCGCAUCCACAUCCAGCGAUGGCUCCAGCACCAGCAACAGCAACAACAACAACAACAAUAACAACAACAAUGAUGGCAACUCCGGUUCCAGUUCCAAUUAUGGUUCGGUGCCGCCGCGUGCCCUGGACUGUAAUACGGCCAAAGGCUGGGUGAAUGCCUGGGAGCAUGGCGAUAAAAUAUCACGUUAUUUGAGAAAGGUGGAAAUCGAGGGACUCACCGGAGAUAUCAAGUUCAACGAUGAUGGCAGACGAGUCAAUUACACGCUGCACGUUGUCGAGAUGACCGUAAACAGUGCAAUGGUGAAAGUUGCUGAGUGGAAUGAUGAUGCCGGAUUGCAGCCGCUGAAUGCGAAAUAUGUUCGACUGCGUCCUCACGUGGAGUUUGAGAAGAAUCGCACGUACAUUGUCACCACGGUGCUGGAGGAGCCGUACAUUAUGAUAAAGCAGCCCGCCUUCGGGGAACAGUUGCAUGGCAAUAACCGCUUCGAGGGCUAUUGCAAGGAUCUCGCCGAUUUGCUAUCCAAGAAGCUGGGACUCGAAUAUGAGCUGCGUCUGGUGAAGGAUGGCAACUAUGGUUCCGAGAAUCCAACCAUUCAUGGUGGCUGGGAUGGCAUGGUGGGCGAACUGGUGCGCAAGGAAGCGGAUAUUGCGAUUGCCGCGAUGACGAUUACCGCCGAACGGGAACGUGUCAUUGACUUCAGCAAGCCGUUCAUGUCGCUGGGCAUUUCCAUCAUGAUUAAGAAGCCAGUGAAGCAAACGCCCGGCGUGUUCAGCUUCAUGAAUCCUUUAUCACAGGAAAUUUGGGUGAGCGUCAUCUUCAGCUAUAUUGGUGUCAGCAUCGUUCUGUUCUUCGUGUCGCGUUUCUCGCCACAUGAAUGGCGUGUGUUGCAACAGCAGCAACAGUCUCAGCUGCAAGAUCCGCAUGCACAUCACGAACAGCUUGCCAAUCAGCAGCCCCCCGGCAUCAUUGGCGGUGCCCAGUUGCCUCCCCCACCACCGCCCGGGCCACCCACACCGGGCGUACAGUCAGCUGCUUGCGCCGCAGCACUGCAGGCUUCGCUGUCGGCAGGCAGUCUUGCGUCUGGCUCAACUGUGGGCGGCUUGGCGUCGCCCUCAUCGCUGUCGUCGUCGGCUGCAGGAGCAGCUGUCAAUGAGUUUAGCAUUUGGAACUCCUUCUGGUAUUCGCUGGCUGCAUUCAUGCAGCAGGGUUGUGAUCUGUCGCCUCGUUCCGUUUCUGGUCGGAUUGCGGCCGCUUCGUGGUUCUUCUUUACGCUCAUCCUCAUCUCGUCAUACACGGCAAAUCUGGCCGCCUUUCUCACCGUCGAGCGCAUGGUCACGCCCAUCAAUUCGCCAGAGGAUUUGGCCAUGCAAACGGAGGUGCAAUACGGCACCUUGUUGCACGGCUCCACAUGGGAUUUCUUUAGGCGCUCUCCAAUUGGACUGCAUAACAGAAUGUGGGAAUAUAUGAAUUCGAGGAAGCACGUUUUUGUCAAUACGUACGACGAGGGCAUUCGCCGAGUGCGCACCUCGAAGGGCAAAUAUGCCCUGCUCGUGGAGUCGCCGAAAAAUGAAUAUGUAAAUGCACGCGAGCCAUGCGACACAAUGAAAGUGGGACCCAACUUGGAUACCAAGGGAUUUGGCAUAGCAACGCCCCUUGGCUCAGCACUCAAGGAUCCAAUUAAUUUAGCUGUGCUGUCGCUGAAGGAGAACGGCGAACUGAUAAAGCUUCGCAACAAAUGGUGGUACGACAAAACGGAAUGCAAUCCCAACAAGGACAGUCGCGAGUCCUCGCACAAUGCGCUCUCGCUGAGCAAUGUGGCUGGCAUUUUCUAUAUACUCAUCGGUGGACUGCUCGUCGCCGUCUUUGUUGCAAUUAUUGAGUUUUGCUUCCGCAGGAAGGCAAACGGUUCCUCAUCCUCCUCCUCCUCUGGCGGCGGAUCGAAUCUCGUUGGCGUUGGUAAUGCGGCCAAAAGUAACGGUUCCAUGAUGCUGCGCACACCCAACUCCGUUCCGGGCGUACUACCCUCGACACAUCAAAGGAACGCGAUGACGGACACGAUGCACGCCAAGGCCAAAUUGACCAUUCAAGCGUCUCGCGACUACGACAAUGGACGUGUCGGGUAUUUGAAUUGCACCUCGUUGCAGUAUUAUCCGCCGGCGCAACUCUCCGGCGCCCCCUCAGACGCUGGGGAGGCGCUCCACAUGAACGCACACGGUCAGGUCUGA